AUGGUGGAAGACGAGAACGUCUCUCACGAAAAUGUUUGGAACGCUGAGAGCGCUAGGAGACAAUGGUCUUUCCAGAGGGAAGCCGAGAGGUUUGCCGUCAAGGGAGAUGGCACCACCGAUGAUUUCAGAGAUUGGUUUGUUCUGGUAGUACUCGAUGACAGAUGGGUCCUGAACAUUGUACGGCUGUGCAUGAACUCCUUGGAAGCCACCAGUGUGUUGCUGGCCGGACAUUGCACCUUGGAUUUGAGCACCUUGCUGAACACCUUGGACACCUUGUACACCUUGGAUGCCAGAGACACCUUGGACACCUUGGAGCCCAGCGACACCUUGUACCUGUUGCAGAGGUUGUUGCACACCUUGUGCACUACUCAGACCAGACAAACCUUGUUGAGAAGAUUGGCUAACAGAUUGAGCACUGUUGGAUGGAGACCAGUUAACAUCUUGUCCAUGCGAUUGUUGCUGUUGUGCGUUCCAGAUCAUUUGACCACUCUGGCUCUGUUGUCCUUGAUGAACUGCUGCUGCCGCCUGAUUAACAACACCAACUCCUUGGAUGUUUUGUCCUUGGCCAACAGGGUUUUGGAUUUGCACGUGUCCCUGGUAGACAUGAGCAUUGUGGUUCCUGAUGGCUGUGAGAAAAAAAUUACGCAUAUGUCCGCCGCCCAAUUGCGAAAGUUGUUUCAAUUGUUGGUAUUGUUCGGCGUUUACAAUUUGGAAUUGAUCGGCUUGAUAGGCCAAUUGUUGUUCGGGGACUACUGGCCCGUACGGCACGUUAAGUGGGUUCGAAGAAGAGAUCACAACGAGGAGCUGAAGUGGAAGACCUUGUGGCUGACCUCUGGGAAGAGACAAUCUAGCAGGCAAGCUGUAGAUAUGUCAGAGGAAACAUCGAAACUUACGGUUCUGGAUGAACUGAUCAAGUUGAACAAAGAGAUGUUGGCUCUGAGAGAUACUAAUGGGUCUGCCUUGGUGGUCGUGUUUAGGUCCAAUGAAAACACGGACAACUGCUCUUGGUACAUUUUGUUCGCUCUGAACAACGAUUUUGUAUUGGUACGGUUGAUGAUCCAAUCUCUUGAGGAAAGCCCUAAUUUGUCCCUGUUGUUGUUGUUGUUGUUGCUGCUGCUGCUGCUGUUGCUGCGGUUGCUGCUGUUGCUGCUGUUGUUGCUGUUGCUGUUGCUGCUGCUGCUGUUGUUGUUGUUGGUUAGCUUGACCAACAAUGGAAUCAAGCUCGAUGUGGUAGUCGUUGAAGAGAGUGACCAAUUGGCUAACAUCAACGUUCUGAAUGGUAACACCAGGAAGGAUAAGAUCGCUCUGUUGGUAGGCAGGCAAAGACUGCUGGUACUGUUGGUAAAGAUUCAUGACUUUCUUGAACAAUUGGUAGAAAGCUGGGUCGUAGACACUGGUUUGCCCAAUUUCAAGAGCCGAUGGUGUGUAAUCCCAAAUGUUCUGAACUUCGGGCGUAUUUCCAAGGAGUUUGCGAGCAGCAACUUGGAGGCUUCCGUAGUACCUUGGGUUGAUGCUUCUGCCAGAUCCUUGAAUCAAGUCACCAAGAAUAUUCGCACCUUGUGGUUGGAACAGAGAAAGGAAAUUGCCUUGUGGAGUGAUCACGUUGCCAGAGUCAAUAGCAUCUUUCAGUCUUUGUACCAGAGACUGAACAUGUUGGAUGAGCUUGUUCUUCUGAGGUUGGAGUUGAAGGUUCUCUGGACGGCCAGGCAAUUGAAGCCCAUUGAGACCGCGAAGGUGUGGCUGGUAAAAAGCAUUUACAUUUUCAAAGUUAAUUUCAGAGGCUGGGGCAAGUCCGUUCGAAAGACGGUUAAGCUCGUACAGAGCCAGAAGUUGUUGGUGAAGGAACAGAUAUUGGGCUCCGUGACCAAUCGGGCUUUGUUGGCCGUUUUGUACUCCUUGUUGCAAAUAUUUUCCUACAAUCUGUUGCUGAUACUGCUGCUGAUGCUUGAAUGGCAAUAUUUUGGGCUUCUUGGAUGACUCUAGCGUCCAGAUGGUAGUUAGGCAAGACUUCAUAAAUUGGUGGAAGGAUGACUCCCCUGGUAUCUGUGCGAGUCAAUACCGCAGCGCUGAAAGCCUAUUGAGUAAGAGGAAGAAUGAUUUAACGGAACAUGUUCCUACAUACCUUGACAAAUUGUUCUUCGUUAACGUGAAGACGAGCCCACGCAGCAGCCUUGAGGAAAGUCAGAUAGUCCUUAGCACCCGACAAAAUCCUGUAGAGCAAAGGAGACUUUGGGUCAGACCAGCGGCCAAGAAUUAUUUUUAUACCGUUAUCAAAAGUUGCGAGAUUAAACAUUUCAGAAUAACGAUUUUAAAUAAUAACUUACCAGCUUGUUGUUGGUUGACGCUGCCGCAGGCCCCUAAGGCUACCAGAGCCGUCAAGAUAAUUAAGAACCUCAUUGCUAUUCCAAACUGCAGUGCGAUGCUGGCUGCCUGUUCGACCAGUCUUUUAUACCCGAAUUCUAUCAAAGGAGAAGUUUAUCGGCGACCUACCGACCCACCUCCCUCAAGAUUUCAGAGUCUACCCGCGAUAUCCUUAAUUAUUUGGAAUAUAUUCGAUCGAAGGCGGUGAAUGCCGCUGUUACGUGCGACAGUUGUUUUAUUGAAAUCAGUAUGGUGCAACGUUCAGUCGCGCCUAGGCGCAAUGUCAGAAUUUUAUUAAUUGGUGAUCGCGGAGUCGGCAAGACUUCUUUGAUCUUAUCAUUAGUUAGUGAGGAAUACGCAGAGGAUGUGCCCAGCAAAGCGGAAGAAAUCACUAUUCCGGCCGACGUUACUCCGGAACAAGUACCAACGCACAUUGUAGAUUACUCAGCCGCUGAACAAACUGAAGAUCAGUUAACUGAUGAAAUUCAGAAGGCACAUGUAAUUUGUGUUGUAUAUUCAGUGGUUGACGAGGAUACUUUGGACAGAGCAGCUACAUAUUGGUUACCACUAAUUCGACGAUGUUCGUCAAAUAAUCGUUGUCCAGUUGUUCUUGUGGGAAAUAAAAUUGAUCUUGUUGACUACUCUACUAUUGAGUGCUCUGCCAAAACAUUACAAAAUGUUUCAGAAACAUUUUACUAUGCACAAAAAGCUGUUUUACAUCCUACUACACCCCUCUAUAAUUAUGACACUCAGGAGAUAUGUGAUUUAGACAAUGAUGGCUUGCUAGAUGACACUGAAUUAAAUGCAUUUCAACAAUGGUGCUUUAAUACUCCAUUACAACCACAAGUAUUGGAGGAUGUGAAAGCUGUAUUAUCAAAAAAUAUUCAAGAUGGCAUUUGUUGUGGAUGUGUUACUAUGAAAGGUUUUAUGUAUCUUCAGUGUUUAUUUAUACAAAGAGGAAGAAAUGAAACUACUUGGGCAGUGUUGAGAAAAUUUGGUUAUGACAAUGAGUUACAAAUGUCCAAAGAAUAUAUAUAUCCACUAUUAAAGGUUCCUGUUGGAUGUACGACUGAAUUAUCACAUAAAGGACAGGAAUUUUUAACAUUAUUGUUUAUGCAACAUGAUCGAGAUCGAGACGGUGCUCUUUCUCCAUCAGAAAUGGAAUCAUUAUUUUCAAGGUGUUUAAUAGCACCUUGGGGAGAUGAAUAUAAGUACACUGUACCAACUAAUGAAAAAGGAUGGAUCACACUUCAAGGAUACAUGUGUCAAUGGGCGCUAUUGGCUCUCACAAACGUGCGAAAAACAUUAGAAUAUAUGGCAUAUUUAGGUUACAACAUGUAUAAUAAUGAGUGUCAAACAAAUGCAAUUCUAGUUACUCGUGAAAAAAAGUUAGAUCUGGCAAAAAAACAGUCUAGUAGAAAUGUGUAUAGUUGUCAUGUAAUUGGACCGAAAAGUAGUGGAAAAACGACGUUAUGUAGAACGUUUAUUGACCCUAAACUUGAGAAACUAACCGAUGAAGUAGUCCCGCCAAGAUCACAUGUUACUGUAAACACGAUACAUGUAUAUGGUCAGGAAAAGACAAUAAUUCUGCGAGAUAUAAACAUACUUAAUGUUCAAGAUGCUUUAACGCCAGCACAAAUUCAGUGUGAUGUGGCAGCUCUCGUUUACGAUGCUAGCAAUCCUAAAUCAUUUGAAUAUAUUGCACGAAUUUAUAUUAAAUAUUUUGCAGACAGUAAGAUCCCUGUUCUCGUAAUAGCAAAUAAGAGUGAUCUGUCUGAAGUAAAGCAAGAUUAUUUAUUACAACCAAUAAGUUUUUGCAAUAAGUACAAAUUGAUGCCACCACAACCGUAUAGCAUCUCCCGUACAAUACGACGUGAAAUCUUUGUUAAACUAGCAACAAUGGCAGCCUUCCCACAUAUAAAUCAAUUUGGAUUAUUACAAGGAGAUUCAAUCGUCUGGUGGAAAGCUGGUCUUGGAAUUGCAGUUGCUACUGUUGCAGGUUUUGUGGUGAUGCGCGUCUUAAAUACAGAAAAAAGAUAGUCUACCAUAUUCCUUUUCUUGCACAUUUAACUGCCUCUUUUGGUCGAGUAUAAAAUCAUCUUUAAGAAAUGCGUUAAGUUAAUAAACAAUGUUCUUAAAUCAUCAAUUUCUUAUAUAUCCUUGAUUACAUCAUAACGAAGAUUAGAGCUUAUUUAUAAUUUCAUUCUUUUAGAAGUACCAUUUCAUUUGAUUGAUUAAUUUUGUUGUCUGUAUACAUUUUGACAUUUCAUCCACAUAUCAUGAUAAGCUUUGCAUGUAUCCAGAUUUGCAUUUCUCAAAGUGCAUUCAAAGAAUUUUCGUAUUUCGGGAAUACAUAAUUCUUGUGUAUUUGUAGAAUUACUUCUAGGGUCUGUAUUGGCAGAAGACACAUAUCCUACAUUGCCAGCACGUGUGCUUCCAAUUGCUUGGCCCUAAUUUGAAAUGAUGAUUAAUUUCAAAAGACAAAAUAAACGAGCAAUAACAUUAAUAUGUAAUACUUACUAUAACAGACCCAAUGGCAACUUCAGCUGCUGUACUAGCAGCAGUUUGAAAAGUAGAGGGUUGAUUGUUAUUUGUCCAUGGUUGAGGUGAUGUUUUUGUUUUAAAUCUACAUAGAUAUAUAUAAUUCUAAGAAUUAAAAGAAAAAGUAUUUUUUCAUGUAAUUAUACAUUAUAAAUCAUUUCUUCUGUUUAUUUAAAAUUAUUAUCCUAAAAUAUGAAAUAAAUGUAUAUGUAUAUCGAUGCAGAGAAGAGGUACAACUGAAAUGAAUAACAAACAUAAUUGAGGAAUCAAGUUUAUUUCAA